GCAAUUUCCCCUCUAACGUUGGGUCAUUCCCGCUACGCCAUCUCCCAGUUCUUUGAAUCGUUCAGAAACUUCGUGACUGCUCACAGUCCGAAAUGAUAAAACCCCAUAAAACCCCUCCUCGUAUGUGCUUUCAUACUCUUUAUUUUCUUCUGGGUUCUCACCAAUCCUUCAAUAUCUCAUCGGAGCCUCACCCUUCCUCACCCCUUUCUAUUUCUUCCAACGCUGACCCAUUUCCUGAAUUAGUCUCUAAAAUCUCUACCAUUCUUUCCAGUCCCACAUGGGAACGCAGUUCAGAGCUUUCACAUUUAGUCCCCAAACUCAAACCCCAUCACGUUGUGAAUAUCCUCGAUACGCACAACAAUACGGAAUCAGUCUUGCGCUUCUUCCACUGGGUUUCGAGAAGGCAUUUUUUCAAACAUGACAUGAGCUGCUUUGUUUCGAUGCUCAAUAGAUUAGUUCGGGAUCGCCUUUUUGUGCCUGCUGAUAAUGUAAGAAUUCUAAUGAUUAAAUCCUGUAGGAAUGAGGGAGAGGUUAAGAGGGUCAUUCAAGUUUUGAGUGAGAUUAAUACCACAUAUGAUUUUGGGCAUACUUUGUAUAGUUUUAGUACUCUUUUGAUUCAGUUGGGGAAGUUUGAUAUGGAUGGUUUAGCACGAGAUGCGUAUGUCGAGAUGCUUAACAGUGGGAUUAGACCUAGUUUAUUUACAUUUAAUGCAAUGAUAAAAAAUUUAUGCAACAAAGGAAAGGUGCAAGAGGCAGAGUUGAUUAUGGGUCAUAUUUUCCAUUAUGGUGCCUGUCCAGAUACUUUUACAUACACGUCUUUGAUUAUUGGGCAUUGUAGAAAUCGAAAUUUAGAUUUGGCUUUUGAGAUGUUUGACCGAAUGGUUAAAGACAGGUGUGAUCCAAAUUCGGUAACUUAUUCAACUCUUAUCAAUGGGCUAUGUAGGGAAGGGAGGUUAGAAGAAGCAAUGAAUAUGCUCGAAGAAAUGAUUGAGAAAGGGAUUGAACCAACAAUACACGCAUACACCAUUCCAAUAGUUGCGUUAUGUGAUGCUGGCCGUUCUUGUGAGGCAGUGAAGCUUCUAGGAAAGAUGAAAAAGAGAGGCUGUGGUCCAAAUGUUCAAACAUAUACAGCACUAAUCUGUGGUUUAUCGCGAGAUGGGAAAUUUGAGGUUGCAAUUGGUGUGUAUCACAAGAUGUUGGCUGAUGGAUUGGUUCCAACAGCUGUCACAUAUAGUGCCCUGAUUAAUCAAUUAUAUGUGGAGGGAAGAUUUGAAACUGCUCUUACCAUCUUCAAUUGGAUGUUGAGUCAUGACAGCUUGCCAAAUACUGAAACAUAUAAUGUAAUAAUUAAAGGCUUUUGCUCAAUAGGUUACAUUCAGAAGGCAAUGGCUAUUUUUGACAAAAUGCUCAAGGCUGGUCCUUCCCCAAAUGUAAUAACUUACAAUAUGAUUAUUCAUAUAUAUGUCAAGCAGGGAUAUAUGAAUAAUGCAAUGAGACUGGUAGAAAUGAUGAAGGGCAAUGGACUGAAGUUAGAUACUUGGACUUAUGCUAAUCUUAUUUCAGGGUUUUCUAGAGAGGGAAAAUUGGAUCAUGCGUUUUCUCUUUUCAAUGAAAUGGUGGAACAUGGCAUUUCUCCUAAUGUAGUUACAUAUAAUGCUAUAAUUAAUGGAUAUUUGACUGUUUCAAAAGUGGAUGAUGCUUUGGCAUUGUUUUGGAAGAUGGUGGAAAGUGGAAAUCUUCCAAGUAGUGGAACCUAUAAUAUGAUGAUAAGUGGUUUCUCUAAAGCUAAUCGCAUCUCUGAAGCGGAAAAUUUCUGUGGUAAAAUGGUGAAGCAAGGCUUGCUUCCAAAUGUUAUUACCUACACAUCGUUUAUUGAUGGGCUGUGUAAGAAUGGGAGGACAAGUCUUGCAUUCAAGAUUUUCCAUGAAAUGGAGAAAAGAGAUUUUUUUCCAAAUUUAUGUACUUAUAGUUCCCUAAUUUAUGGUUUAUGCCAAGAGGGUCGGGCUGAGGAUGCAGAAAGAUUACUUGAUGAAAUGGAGAAGAAAGGAAUAACCCCAGAUGAGAUAACUUUAAAUUCUCUUUUGAAUGGUUUUGUUGCACUUGACAGAAUUGAUCAUGCGUUUCUCCUUUGCCGACGAAUGAUGGGUGUUGGCUGCAAACCCAAUUAUCGGUCCUUUGCCAUAUUGCUGAAGGGAUUGCAAAAGGAAAGCCAGUCGCUUACAGAAAAAGCUGUAGCCCAACAGGAAAUCAUGUGUUCUUGUAGUUCUGAUGAGAAAUGUAUAAGCACAGGUUCAGUGUACAGUCUCCUGGCUAGAUUGUCUGACUAUGGAUGUGAGCCUAAUGUCGAUAUCUAUACCACUUUAGUGAGAGGCUUGUGCGGCAAGGGCAGAUGCUACGAGGCAGAUCAGCUGGUCAUGAGCAUGAAAAAGAAAGGUUUGCAACCUAGUGAAGAAAUUUAUCGUGCUCUAUUGGUUGGCCAAUGUAAGAACUUGGAAGUGGAAGCUGCUCUUAAGAUUUUUGACUCUAUGGUCACAAUAGGUUUUCAACCUCGCUUAUCGGAUUAUAAGGCUCUCAUAUGUGCGCUUUGCAAAGCAAAUUUCAGACAUAAAGCUCAAUGUAUGUUUCAAACUAUGCUCAAGAAGCAUUGGAAUAGUGAUGAGGUUGUCUGGACAGUGUUACUUGAUGGAUUACUCAAGGAAGGGGAAACUGAUCUAAGUUUGAAGCUUCUUCAUGACAUGGAAUCUAGAAAUUGCACUCUUAAUUUCCAGACAUGUGUUAUGUUGGCCAGGGAGCUAUCUGCACUAGGUUGCUCAAUUGAAAUCCCUCAAAUCUCUAAACAGUUGGGAAUUGUAAAAGAUAAACAGAAGCAAACUGCUGAUGUUCGUAGAGAUGAUAUUGCUCUAUAAGAAGUUUCUAAAGUACAUUUAAUGUAGAAUUGAAAAGAAAGUUCUAUGUUGUACAGAAGAUCAGCUGGGAGCAUUAAUUAUGUACAACUUGAAAGCACUAUUGUUGAGUCUUUUGGAGACUCUUGGCUGGAAUUCGUGUGAUAUAGCCACCGUCCUAACAAAAUGUAGAAAAGUUUUGGCAAGCAUGAUGAAGUCACAUUGAAGCACUUACACAAGGAUCAAACUCAAAUCUUGUAGGAGACGAAGACUACUAGAUAAGUGGUUUGUAUGGUUCUGUUUAAUUGAGUAUAUAUGGUGUUUCAUUUAAUAUAUAUAUAUAUAUAUUUAUUUACAUCAAACCCUUCGAUCAUGUUUUGAAGGUCAACAUUGCUUUGCAUGCAAGAUAUUUCAACCUUUAAUUUCAAGCAAACUACACGAGAUUUCGUCUUCUUAUUGUGAGAGCAUAGAUGGAGGCCUAAUUGCAUGACUAUGCUAUCGCCUUGGUCUACACCUACUCCAAGAAUGAAUCAGACCUCAAUCGGUGCUUGAAGGAAUGAGAGGGCCAGGGUUUUGUGGUCACCGUAUCAGUUUGGUGAUGCUUCUUCGAGAACACAAAGAGAGCAGCUGGUACAGAAAGUGGUGUCUGCUUUCAGUGGUAUUCUCAAUAUUCUGGAGUGUUACUACCAACAGUUCCUAUAAGCAUUCACUACUAGGAUUGGGUAACAGUUCAAGAGAAGUUAUUGUUGAAGGCAAAAAUGGUCUUCCAAUGAUCAUUGAUCCUUGUCUGCCACAUACCUCCUGGGUUGAACUUAGUUUGUGUGUGGGCACUGGUAUUGCAUGGCUAAUGGAUAAAGUCAAACAAUGUGAUUGAUGUGACGACAAACAUUGGAGCAAUAUAUAUGUGUGAGAAUUUUGGUGUCACUACAGUUUAAACAUCUCUUUGAUUCUAUCAACUUUUGGGUAUAUAUAUAUAGUCAUUUUAUUUGAAUUAAGAAUUUAGAACUUGUUCUAUUAACCUAUUAGGUAUGAAUUUUAUUUCUUUUGUAUGUUAUAAAUUUGAAGAUUUUUAUUAUAAGUUAUAAAUUUGAAGACUUUUGUUAUAA